AUACCGUUAGGUUACCACAAGCCACAAACGUACAUGUCUCUUUGGACCUUCUCUCCAUCCUAUUACUAUUCAAAGAAUGCGAUAUUCUUGGACAUGUCUGAGCCAAGAUCCCGGAUCCGAAAUCAUCGGUAUCUUUUACGAUGUACUUCCAGUCAAGUCCUCGAGAGGCAUCGAGAAUAUAGGGGUUACUAAAGAUCAUAAGCCCGGGCCUAGCCCCGCCACUAUGCCAGCCCUUCCAAGGAUUCCUACGCUUCACUACAUACCUCAGAUACGUGGAGGUAUUACUACAGGCGGCUACCUCUCGAUCGGAAACCUCUGUUAUAUUCAAAGCCUAAAAGUGCGUCGAUCAGGAGCGCGACUCACCGGGAUGUCGAUCACUCAUGACGACGGGGAGAUUGAAAUCUUAGGCCAAUGGGACCCGUCUUCACCCUCGCCAAUCUCAGAGAUCUAUAAUCGCUACGAUGGCGUCCUUACGAGCAUCGCUUUCAGUUUCGUAGGUGAAGAUGAGGCUUCGUGGUUUGUGGAUGGGAUAUCUGUGGGGGUGGAUCAUUCCAUCUUGUCAGGGGACUCACUACAUUGGAGGGUUUUUGAUAUUGGUGGGAUGGAUAAGGUAGGUUUUUUUGCCUCCUCCUCUGAUUGAGGAUUGCUUUGGUCUGAUGAUGUGUAGCCUGUUAUUAUGUGGUGGUUUACGAGGCUGUAUGAUAUUGUUGAGCCGUGGAGUGGCGUGUAUCAGGAGAUCAAUGUAUCAAGUCACGGCUAUAGGACCGUGGAUUUGGUAUGACAAAGUGUGGGAGGGUAGUGGAUGGCAACAACAGUUACUGUUGGCUGUUCUGCUUGUAUCCUUGAGGUGAGGAUUAGGAGGAUGGGGGGGCGGGUAGUAUAAAUUAAUUUCACCAGCUUUUUGUUCCGCUCUUUCUUCUCGGCCCUCUAUUCUUCACGUCUAAGAAUAGCUUAGAUUAAAGAAAAAUGGCUAAGCAUCUAUAUUAGAUUGUUCAAAAUAUACAAUGGAAC